AUGGAAGAUGACGGCCAGGAUGAGUUCCAGGAGUUCCAUCUCUAUCUUCCAAUUCCUCUGAACAGUGACGUGUCCAGCCCCAGUAGUCGGAUCUCGCAGGAGGACACUGAGACCCUGCUCCUGUUCCGCAACCUCUUCGCCUUCCUAUUGGGACAAUCUUUGAUCGCCACUUCCCGGUCACCCUCGCUCUUCUCGAUCUUCAUGGAUGUCGCUACGCUGCUGUCCCGGUUUGAGUUCACCAACUUUGAUCAUACCAACUUCGGCGAGACGGCAACUACCAGCUUUGGAAACUACUGCGAAGAGCUGAGGCUAGCUGACGUACGGAAGAGUCGCGAGAAGACCAUCGAGGCCAUUGUUCUCGGAGAACGACUCCGCUUCUUCCCCCUCUAUCUCGAGGGAUUUGUGCAUGGAGUCGGUAAGCUGGACGAACUGAAGCAGCUGAGAAGCCCCAAGUAUGGCCUCAUCAGCCCCGUUACACAGAAGCGACUGGAACGAGGCUUCAUCGACCUGGAUACUCGUCUGCGUGUCCUGUACAGUAAGCUUGAUGACUUCGAUUUCCCUUCGGUAUUCUCCGGUUUUGCCAACUCGGCUACUUCGGCCGAAAGCAAGGUCGUGCGGUUCAAGAACUGGAAGAUCGCAUUCAUGGAGUUCCGGCGAUUCACCAUGCAGUACUACCGGCAGAAGUAUGGCUCAUGGCCGCCCAAAGCCCGCUCCAAGAAGAAUCAGUUUGAAGAGAGCGGACUCAAUCGCCAGGUUGUUCGGGAUCUCUACAAUGACUUUGCCAAUCUCUACGACAUGCUGGUCGAUCGUAACUCCCUAACUACUCGGACAGUGGACAUGGCUGCAGAAGGAUCUGAAACGUCGGAUCCCGAUGAAAUGAUGACCCGAGCCCUCCGACAGAUCAUGAGCGAGUACGAUCGGAGUACACCUCCCGUUCAGCCACCCAUUCCUUUCGAUAUUCCGCAGUAUCCCUCGCUGCAGGCCCUGGAGCGGAAGCCCAUGGAUGCUAAGAAGGAGGCAAAGAAGAAGGCCAAGAAGCUCAAGGACGCAGACAUUAACGCUGUGCUCAUGGACUCGUAUACACGGGAGGCUAUGAAGCCCACACCAUUUGUCGAGGCCUUCAUGCAGUUCGAGCGUCGAUGUGCUCACGGAAAGACUGUCAACGACAUGAUUGAUUUCCGGUGUGGCCAGUGGAUCUUCCUCUACUGUGUCAUCCAAUCGCUGCCCCUCGUCGUUGUUGAUGUCCAGGACGUCAAGUACGUGGACGGGGUGGAGUACUUCCUCUGUAUCGCCCCUCGUGGCGGUGCGCCCUGGAUUGGCAGCGACAGCAAGACGGCGCGCAAGGGUAUCUACCGACGCAGUCACUGCUGGCAAGUGGCCGAGCAGUGGGCGGAGAAGGAUGCCAUCUUGGCCCCUCCGACCAUCGAAGAUCCAUAUGACAACGAGUCUUCGCUUUCUUCCCCUUACCAGGCGCAACAGUCAUCGGCGGAUUCGUCAUCCGAACAGCAGCAGCAGCAACAACAACAACAACAGGGACAAGGAACUCCUCUCAUGAGCCCCAGUGGCCUCACACCGCCACCGGCUAUUCCCCGACUGAACUCUCCUGGUAUGAAUCGGAGGGCGGAACAUCGUCACUCGAUCUACCCCGGUCUUGAGGCUUUGCCGCUACCUAUGGGUGUAGCACCGAUGGAUGCUCCGGCACGACCCAUCAGUCGGUUCAACCCCAACAUGAGUUUUGAUGAUAUCCUCAAGCAGGUUCCCAACCAGAAGAAGAAAUAA